AUGCCCAUCCUGCUACAAAAAGCAGUCGCCCCGGCGUCACGGUUCGUACCGAGGACCUUGUUUCGAUCUGUCCGGACACCGGUCAUCCCAUUUGCCCUCAGAGCCGCCUCCACCAUGGUUCCCAAGCUCAAAGACCCGUCAUUGCUGAAGCAGGACGUCUGCUAUGUCAACGGCGAAUGGGUCAAGGCCAAGUCCGGCAAGACGUUUGAUGUGAACGACCCGGCCACCGGCGAAAAGAUCGCGUCGUGCCCCGAGUUCGCCAAGGCCGACACGGACGCCGCCAUCGCCGCCGCCGCCACGGCGUUCGAGACCUUCCGCACCAAGACGGGCCGCGAGCGCUCCAAGCUGCUGCGCCGGUGGCACGACCUUAUGAUGGAGAACGCCGACGACCUGACGACCCUCAUCACCUGGGAGAACGGCAAACCUGUCGCCGACGCCAAGGGCGAGGUCACCUACGCAGCCAACUUCUUCGAGUGGUUCAGCGAGGAGGCGCCCCGCAUCUACGGCGACACUAUCCCCUCCUCCGUGCCCGGGAACCGCGUGUGGACCGUUAAGGAGCCCGUCGGCGUGUGCGGCCUCAUCACGCCAUGGAACUUCCCCGCCGCCAUGAUCGCCCGCAAGAUCGGCCCCGCUCUCGCCGCCGGCUGCACCGUCGUCUGCAAGGCGCCAGGCGAGACCCCCUUCACCUCCCUCGCCAUCGCCGAGCUGGGCCACCGCGCCGGCGUGCCCAAGGGCGUCGUCAACGUCGUCACCGCCCUCGGCAACACCCCCGAGGUCGGCGCCGCCCUCACCGCCAGCCCGACCGUCAAGAAGAUCUCCUUCACGGGCUCCACCGGCGUCGGCAAGCUCCUCAUGGGCCAGUGCGCCGGCACCCUCAAGAAGCUGUCCAUGGAGCUGGGCGGCAACGCCCCCUUCAUCGUCUUCGACGACGCCGACGUCGAUGCCGCCGUCGCCGGCGCCGUCGCCUCCAAGUUCCGCUCCUCGGGCCAGACGUGCGUCUGCGCCAACCGCAUCUACGUCCAGAGCGGCGUCUACGACGAGUUCGCCGACAAGUUCGCCGCAAAGGUCCGCGAGUUCGCCGUCGGCAACGGCUUCGCCGACGGCACCACCCACGGGCCCCUCAUCCACGACCGCGCCGUCGACAAGGCCGAGGCCCACGUCCGCGACGCCGAGCGCAAGGGCGCCAGCGUCGUCGUCGGCGGCGCCAGGAUGGACGCGCUCGGCCGCAACUUUUACGAGCCCACCGUCAUCACCGGCAUGACCGCCGACAUGGCCAUGGCGACCGAGGAGACCUUCGGCCCCGUCGCCGGCCUCUUCCGCUUCGACACCGAGGCCGAGGUCGUCGCCCUGGCCAACGCCACCAACGUCGGCCUCGCCGGCUACUUCUUCUCCCGCGACAUCCACCGCGUGCACCGCGUGGCCGAGCACCUCGAGGUCGGCAUGGUCGGCGUCAACACCGGCCUCAUCUCCGACCCCGCCGCCCCCUUCGGCGGCGUCAAGGAGUCCGGCUUCGGCCGCGAGGGUUCCCUGUAUGGUAUUUCCGAGUACCAGGUCACCAAGAUGAUUACUUACGGCGGCAUGGGCCAGCCUCUUCAGGACUAG